AUGGACGCCCUGAGGACAAUGUGGAGCUGGAGCAGCGACAUGGCUUUCUCGCUGCUUCCCCGGGACCAAGAUCCGCCAGGUCACGUGGAGUUUGUCUCAUAUUUGACUCUGAACGUCACAGUUCUGCGAGCGAAGACCCACACGAGCCAGGACUACUGGUCUCAGUCGGACCUCUAUGUGUCUCUGACGUUGCCGACGGCGACCUCCACAUCACGAAGAACUCGAACCAUCAACCACAACAACCAGCCAGAGUGGAACGAGGGCUUCAACUUCAGAUUCCCGACCCAGACCAAGAACAUCUUGGAGAUCCGAGUCCUGGAUGAGGACCUGUUGUCCAGAGAUGACCUGGUGUCCAUGGUGCUAAGAACCUUCAGCCUGAGCCCUGAGACGGAGGACGUGGUGGAGCUGGAGUUUGAGCUGAGCCAAAGCAGUGAGGAGGCCACGCGGGAGUACAUGUCCAACGGGAUCCUCAUGGCUGCUCCUCUGUCAGUCCUGAGUGUUGAAGUGAAGAAGAUGCAGCCUGCACACUACCUAAGUUCGUGUCCAAUGUUGAACCUCAGUGGAGCGUAUGAAGGAACACAGGUCCUGAACGCUCUGACGGAGAGACUGCACUUCCACAUGAACCCAGAGCUGGAGGCCGAACUGGGGCUGGCGGAGACUAAAGAGGUGGAAGCAGCAGCGGACACCGACAAACAGGAAGUGCUGCAUUCGUCAGUUCCUCUGAAGCCCGUCCCCCACCGCCGCUCAGGAAGCAUCUCGCUCACUCUGGAUCAGAACUCAGUGGAUCUGCGUCUGGAGUCUUUUGAGAGGUCUAAGCAGGACCUGGAAGUGCGUCUGUCUCUGGACCUCUGUUCUCAGGAGAAGGACUUCCUGCUGAAGAGGAGGGCGACUGUGGCUCGACAGCUCCAGUCUGUGCUGGGUCUGAAGACUAAGCCCUCACUGAACCAGGUCCCCACGGUGGCGGUGGUGGCCUCUGGGGGCGGGGCCAGAGCCUGCGUUGGGACCCUGGGCUCUCUGAAGGGUCUGAAAGAGAUUGGAGUCCUGGACCUGGUCUCCUACAUCACCGGGGUCUCAGGGUCCACAUGGGCUCUGUCGUCUCUGUGUCAGGACGAGGACUGGUCCCACAGGUUGGAAACCCUCAUAUCCAAAACCAGAGUGCAGAUGACCAAGAGCACCAUGGGCGCCUUCAGCCUGGACCAGAUGAGCUACUACUGGGACCGGAUGGAGCAGAAGGAGAAACAGGGCCACCUGGUGUCAUACAUCGAUAUGGCAGGACUCAUCCUGGAACACCUGGUCUUCGGAGAGACUAACUCCUCUCAGUUGCUCCUCCUCUCUCCUCCUCAGACUAACUCCUCCUCUCCUCUCCUCAGACUAACUCCUCCUCCUCCUCAGACUAACUCCUCUCAGUUGCUCCUCCUCUCUCCUCCUCAGACUAACUCCUCCUCUCCUCAGACUAACUCCUCUCAGUUGCUCCUCCUCUCUCCUCCUCAGACUAACUCCUCCUCUCCUCAGACUAACUCCUCAGCUCUCCUCAGACACUCCCUCUCAACUAACUCUCCUCUCCUCAGACCUCGCUCCUCCUCUCUCCUCCUCAGACUAACUCCUCCUCUCCUCAGACUAACUCCUCUCAGUUGCUCCUCCUCUCUCCUCCUCAGACUUACUCCUCCUCUCCUCAGACUAACUCCUCUCAGUUGCUCCUCCUCUCUCCUCCUCAGACUAACUCCUCCUCUCCUCAGACUAACUCCUCCUCCUCCUCCUCAGACUAACUCCUCUCAGUUGCUCCUCCUCUCUCCUCCUCAGACUUACUCCUCCUCUCUCCUCAGACUAACUCCUCCUCCUCCUCCUCAGACUAACUCCUCCUCUCCUCAGACUAACUCCUCCUCCUCCUCCUCAGACUAA